CAGGAGGAGGAGGAUGAAGAAGAAGAGUGGGAAGAGCGUGUAGACUUUGAAGACUAUGAAGCUCCGCCUGCGGCAAUGUGUGAGCCUGAGGUCCUUGACGCGGCACGUCCCGAGAACCACACUCACCAACCCCUCCAUAUGGAGGAGGAUGAGGAGGAGGAGGAGGAAGAGCAACAGCAUCAACAAGAAAAACAGCAGGAUGACGAAGACCUGCCGCUGCUUCAGCCUCUCCCCUCUGCGCAGGACAGAGCCUCCCCAGCCAGGCCCCGUCAAUGACUUGGUCUUCGCCGAUGCCCUCGACUUUCCCCACCCGGCACACAUGCACGACUCUACCGCGGGGCGAUCUGCCGACGACUCAAGUGACGCGGAGGAACAGGAGUGGGAGCAGCCGGAGUGGGACGACGUGGACAGCCAGGGAAAACACUCCCCAUCACAGCGAGGAGUGACGUGGACACUGACGGCGACACGGAGCCAAUGGAGCCAGUCAGCGACCCUUACUUCGACGCCCGACGAGCCGUCCACCGAGGACUUCGUGGACGUGGAGGACGUGCCCGCUGGAGGAGGUGGUCGUGGUGCCUUCCUCCCAGGCAGAGGCCAACAUCCAGCCCCCGACGAGUGACCUUGGAGUAGAGGGCGCGACGGGGAGGACUUGAAAACGACACGCGGGCAGACGAGCAGCUGGCGAAGGGAGCUGGCUGAGGCCAUCAACGAGGAGGAGAGGCGGCGGCUGGAGAGUGACGAGCAGAUGGCGAGAGAGCUGGCCGAGCAGAUGGAGAUGGAGGAGAGGCGGAGAGAGGAGGAGGACGAGGAGCUAGCGAGGAGACUGGCUGGCGAGAUGGAGGACGAGGAGAUGGAGCAACUACAGCAGCGACGACAGCGCCUGCAGGAAAACAUGGUGCCUUCGGAUAAUGAGGACGAGGAGGGGACGGAAUAGCGACCAGGCACGCGCGCAGCAGGCCCAGGAUGAGGAGAUAGCGCGGCAGAUGGAGGCAGAGGUCCUGGCGGAGAUAAGGGAGGAGGAGGACGAGAAGGCCGGGAGAGUCGCGGCGCUCAUCAACAUGUUUCCUGACGCAGACCCGACUUACCUGACGGAAAGGAUGGAGGGGCGUGGAGAGCGAGGAGGCCUUUCGCAACUCAGUGGAGGCACUUCUUAUGUGCCAGCGGACGGAGCCACGCAUGAGCGGCCACCAGAAACUCCUGAAGCAGACACACGCCGCCAGGGACCGCGAGGAGGCGCCCCCGCAGGAGACGCUAGGAGCCACCGCCGCGCCCACCUUCAUGUUGGCGGCCUCCUCCAAUCAUGUGUUCGAGUGCACGAUCUGUUUCGAGGAGGCGGUGCCCAUCAAGGACGUGGCCACCUGCGAUGCGCUCACCAACUACCACCUCUUCUGCAUCGAGUGUAUCAGGAAACACGUGGCAGCGCUUAUUGGUCAAGGCCAGUCCAAGUUCCGCUGCAAUGAACGGCUACUGUGAGGCAGAGUUCUCGUGGCGGACCCUGCGGCGCGUGAUGGAGCCAGUGGUGUACAGGAAGGUGCAGGAGCGGCGCCAGCAGGAGGAGGUGAUGGCCGCGGGGGUGGAGAACCUCGUGUCCUGCCCCUUCUGCUGCUUCAUGAUUAUUAUGCCAGACCCUGACAACAAGGUGCUGGAAUGCCUCAACCCGGAGUGCCUGAAGGAGUCCUGCAGGAUGUGCAAGGAGACGUCCCACAUCCCCCUGCGCUGCGAGGAGGUGGAGAGGGAGGCGCAGAAGGACGCGAGGACAAUGCUAGAGAACAAGAUGGCGGGAGGCGAUGAUCAGGCAGUGUCCUAAAUGUGGCAAGAGAUUCGUGACGGAGGGCGGGUGCAACAAAAUGACCUGCUCUUGUGGCACUGUCAUGUGUUACGUGUGCAAGAAGGUCAUCACGGACGGCUACAACCACUUCGAGCAGCGCGGCGGGGGUGGUGUCCGGCAAGUGCCCCUUGUGGACCAACGCUCUGGUGCUUCACUCAGGGGAGGUGCGGCAGGCGGCGGAGCAGGGGAAGGAGGAGUUGGACCCUAACCUGAGGCUGGUGCACGACCCCACCCAGGACAUGGACUAGACGGGGCGUGGGCGCAUGAGCAGCUGAAGGGAGAGAAGAAGGAUGGGCAGGAUUUUCAACGUAAGAUAAGUGCAGUGGGUGAAAGUCGAGAGAAGAAAGAGUGAUACGUAGGUACAUAAGAGGGAGAUGAUAAAGAGAGUAGCAUACGUAAUGAGAGAGAGUCAAUGAGAGGAAGGUGAUGAAAGGAGAGAACGAAGUGGGAGCAAAGGAGUCAAGAGAAGAAAAUGUGGUAAGUAAAUACAUGAGUGAUAAUAAAGAUAAAAUAAAAAAAAAAUAAAAAAGAUGAAGAUACGUGAGGUAAUGAGUGUGUGAAAUUACUGUAAUGAUGAUAGAAAAAUGUGGAGGAAGAGUAAAGUGAAAAAUGACAAGUAAUGAAAAUAAACACACGUAAUGAUGAUAGUGAUGAUGACGA